UCCACUCAGUUCUAAUCUCUUGAUGUGCUAACAAUUGUUUUCGAGGAUCGCGUUUAAAUAGAGCACUUUCUGAGGUUGCUGGAGGAAUAUCCUCUUUGAGAAAUGGGUUUCGGAAGUUUGGUCAGGAGAGUAGUGCUAGGCGGAAAUAUAGCCGGUGGCGAUUUCAACCCUUUUCUUUUUUUCGCUGCUUUUCUCGCUCCUUAACGUUUGUGCUCGCAGAUAAGUGGCUGGAAGAGUUAAUCGGUAAUCAAAUCCAAUACUCGUGAAAAAAAAGGGGCGCAGGCGUGUUUAUGAUGUUUUCACCGCCGGUGAGUAGUGGGAAGAAUGGACCAACCUCCCUGGGAAGUGGCCAUUUCGGGGGCUCAAAUCUGGAAGACAGAACAAACUCUGGAUCCUGGGGAGCAGGAGAUCAGCCUAGUCCAUCCAGGAACUAUGGUGAUGGAGUGCACUAUGAGCAAGUGACCAACAGGGACCUUGGAUCGCAUGACAACAUUUCCUCCUCUUCCUUCAUGAAUUCCCGACUUGUAGGCAAAGCAGAGAGAGCAUCAUUCCCAUUUGGGAGGGACUCAAACAUGCAGGGCUGUCAGCUCCAUUUGACUGCCAUGAGAAGAGGAAUGCGUUCAAAGUCAAGUCUCCUUGGGCCUGACAUAGGUAUAGGCAGUCCAGGUGCCAUAUCACCUACAGGCACCAAGCCUGGCUCACAGUAUUAUCCAUAUUCCAGCAAUAAUUCCCGUCGGCGACCAAUGCAUGACUCCUCAAUGGAGAUUCCACCGAAAAAGGUUAGGAAGGUUCCUCCAGGUUUGCCAUCUUCAGUGUAUGCCCCAUCAGCAAGUGCUGCCGAUUAUAACAGGGACUCUCCUGGCUACCCUUCCUCCAAGCCACCUACAAGCACAUUUCCCAGUUCAUUCUUCAUGCAGGAUGGGCACCACAAUUCCGAUCCAUGGACUUCCUCUGGUGGAAUGAAUCAGCCCGGUUAUGGAGGAAUGUUGGGAAACUCCUCCCACACUCCACAGUCCAGCAGUUACUGCAGUCUGCACCCUCACGAGCGCCUGAGCUACCCACCACACUCCUCAACGGACAUCAAUGCCAGUCUCCCACCGAUGUCCAGUUUCCACCGCAGUGGCACAAAUCACUAUGGCGCUGCGUCCUGCACACCGCCUGCUGCCAACGGAACCGACAAUAUCAUGGUAACCAGAGCAGCAGCGCCAACUGGCAGCUCACAGACUGGCGAUGCACUGGGUAAAGCACUUGCAUCAAUCUACUCACCAGACCACACUAACAACAGCUUCCCUUCAACUCCAUCAACGCCUGUUGGAUCUCCGCCAACCCUCACAGCAGGUACCUCUGUGUGGUCUAGAAAUGGAGGCCAGGGUCCAUCUUCUCCCAAUUACGAAGGCCCACUUCACUCUUUGCAAACCCGAAUUGAAGACCGCUUGGAAAGGUUGGAUGAUGCCAUUCAUGUCCUGCGAAAUCAUGCAGUGGGACCCUCUACAGCCAUGCCUGGUAGCCAUAGCGACUUGCACAGUUUAAUAGGGGCAUCACAUAAUGGACCUAUGGGAGGUUUGGCAUCAGGAUAUGGGACAGGCUUGCUGUCAGCCAACCGACAUACUUUAAUGGUGGGAGCUCAUCGUGAAGAAGGUGUUGGCCUCCGAGGCAGCCAUCCAAUUGUGUCAAACCAAGUGCCAGUUCCACAGCUUCCAGUGCAGUCAGCUACAUCUCCUGAUAUAAACCAGUCCCAGGACCCAUACAGAGCUCUUUCCAGUGGUCUCCAAGGACAGAGCGUGUCAUCAGUCAGCUCAGAGAUAAAAUCAGAAGAGGAGCCAGAUGAGAAUCUACAGGAUUCAAAAUCUACAGAUGACAAGAAGGGGGAUGAGGACAAGAAGGAUAUCAAGAUAUUAAAUAGCAAUAAUAACGAUGAUGAAGAUCUUUCUCCUGAACAGAAGGCUGAACGUGAGCGAGAAAGAAGAAUGGCCAACAAUGCGCGUGAGCGUCUGCGUGUGCGUGACAUUAAUGAAGCAUUUAAGGAACUCGGCCGUAUGGUGCAGCUCCACCUGAAGAGUGACAAGCCACAGACAAAGCUUUUGAUUCUUCACCAGGCAGUUGCUGUUAUUUUGAGCCUGGAACAGCAAGUCCGAGAGAGGAACCUGAAUCCUAAAGCAGCUUGUCUGAAAAGAAGAGAGGAGGAAAAAGUGUCAACAGAUCCACCGCCACUCUCCCUUGCAGGAGUCCACCCGAAUAUGGGAGACACAUCCAACCAAAUGGGCCCAAUGUGAAAAGAGGCCCAUGGUGCCAGAUCAACAAAAAAUAAGUGAGAGACCAUUUUCCUUGACAACUGUAUUAUCUUACAAAAAUGUAAACACUCUGCCCACUCCCCUUUUUUUGUAAAAUGGAGACAUAUUAAAAGCAGUCACGAAAAUGAAUCACAGACGAGAGAGAAUGAGCGAAGGAAAAAAGAGAAUACUGCAUUCCCAACAAGCAAAGUACAACUUGGGGGACAAACUCAAAACAUAUCAUUCAGAAUGUUGAGCAGUAUGUUGCAAGCUGUUAAUGUACAGCCUAGAGACUGAAUGGCAAUCUUCUCCACACUGUGGAAAAUGCAUUUGUGCCUGAACUUCUGUAAAAAAAUAAAAUUAAAAAAAAAUCAA